ACUUGUAUUUUUUAACUUAAGACAAAAACAAAAGAUUAUUUGAUGUCAUCAUGCUAAGCUAAAAUCUCACCUUCCAUUCUCAAUCUAAAAUAAACUAAAAUAAAUAUUUUCUUUAAAAAAAACUUGGGAAGUUACAAAAACAAAAAACCCCAUUCUCCUGAAACCACGAAAGCAAGCAUUGAACCGCGAGAGAGAAAGUAAGGAAAGAAAGAAAUCAAUAAAAGGCAAAAUCCAAAAAUUUAUACUCCUACCCUUUAAAGCCAUGAAACAGUAAAACCAUACUCUUGCAUUUUUCAGGGAGAUUCCCUUAAAAUUAUCAACUACUACAUCAAAUUAAAUUAAAUUAAAAAAAAAUCCCAAAUCCUAUCUGAUUUCUUACAAAAAAUUUAUAAAAAUCUUACAAAAAGUGUGUGUAUGUAUUUGUGAGUUCUUCCCUAAAACCAAGCUAAGAUAAAUUUCAUUGAUUUUGAUAAUUUUUUCCCCUUAAGAUCUGGGUAUAACAAUUUUUAUUGUUUACCCAGAUGAAGUUAUUAGUGAAAAAACCCCAGAAAAAUGAGAAUAACGGUAACAAUGGGGUGGUUUCCGUCGCCGGAGAAUGUUCCUCCGGCGAGAAUCACGGCGGAAGAACGGUGUUAGUUGGUGUCAGAUUAGACCAACAGAGUAAAGAACUUCUUACAUGGGCUCUUAUGAAAGUUGCUCAACCUGGAGAUCUUGUUGUUGCUCUUCAUGUUCUUCACUCUUCUACUGAAGUUGAACAAUCGACGCUUUUGUCAUUGGUGAAGACUUUUGAUUCGACGCUUGCUGUGUACGAAGGCUUCUGCAAUUUAAAACAGGUUGAUUUGAAGCUAAAGGUGUGUAGAGGAUCAUCUUUGCGGAAGAUUUUAGUUCGAGAAUCCAAAGGAUUUGAUAGUGCUACAUUAAUUUUAGGAACUUGUAAAGCCCAACGCAUGAUUCGAUCCCCGACAUCAGUGGCUAAGUAUUGUGCGAGGAAAUUGUCGAAUAAUUUUUCGGUUUUUGCUGUAGAUAACGGAAAGAUUGUUUAUCGUAGAGAAGGUGGAAAUUGUAAGACGUCUCAUUUGGUUUCUGGAUUAAAAGUUGACAAUGUAGAAGUGGAUGAUGAUGGUAGUUCUUCCAUUAAAAGUAUGGAAUCUGGUCUGGAGACUUGUGAUGGUUUCGAAAAGAUUAGCUCCGUGGCUAGAAGAAGUACCUUGAUAAAGAGGUAUUUUGGCUGUGGACCCAUCUCUGCUUGGGCAGAUUAUUCCUGUGAUGAAAUGCUGAAGGAGUCGUGUACAGUCGAUAGAGAGGAUAAAUCAAUGGCUUUGGUGCCAUAUCAAGCAGUUAAUGCCUCUUCUGAUCCAAAGUAUGUUGUUAAUCAAGAAUUAAAUGAGUUGAAACCUGGUUGGCAGUUGGUUCGACGGGUGUUUUUACCCAGGCAUCAUGAGACAGAAAAGGUUCCAAGCCGGAAAACAUCCCUUGUUCGCCGAGUUUUGAGAAUUCCCGGGAAACAUUCUUCAAUGGCGGUUCACCCUGAUAGAAAGAGACGCGAGUUUGCUCAUAUGGACGAUCAUUCAUCUGAUUUGAGUGCAGAAAGUGGUGCAAUUGUUCCAGUUGGUGAUGCUGUAGCCUCUGUUCCUUCCUCCCCUAUCAACGGAUUUAAGUAUCUGGUCAAAGAACUAGAAGGACUUCUUGAGAAAUACUCAUCCACUUGUAGAUUGUUUGCAUACCAAGAGCUUGUGUCAGCCACAUCAAAUUAUGCACCUGAGAACAUGGUUGGAAAAGGUGGUAGUAGCCAAGUUUACCGAGGGUGUCUUUCUGAUGGGAAGGAGCUGGCUGUAAAAAUAUUGAAGCCAUCAGAGGAUGCGUUGCAGGAGUUCAUUGCUGAAAUUGAGAUCAUUACAACGAUCAAUUACAAGAACAUCAUAUCCCUGGUUGGAUUCUGCUUCGACGAAGUGAAUUUAAUCCUGGUCUAUGAUUUCUUGUCAAGAGGAAGCUUAGAAGAGAAUCUUCAUGGUAAUGAGACUAAAGCUGUAGCAUUUGGCUGGGAAGAGAGAUACAAGGUUGCAGUAGGGGUGGCAGAGGCAUUGGACUACAUACACAACAGAGAUUCGCAAACUGUGAUUCAUCGGGAUGUUAAAUCUUCAAAUAUUCUCCUUUCUGAUGAAUUCGAGCCCCAGCUUGCAGAUUUUGGACUUGCUACGUGGGCUUCAAGCGCAUCUUCGUACUUGACUUCCUCAGAUGUUGCAGGCACCUUUGGGUACCUGGCCCCAGAAUACUUCAUGCAUGGCAAGGUGACUGACAAGAUGGAUGUUUAUUCAUUUGGUGUUGUACUUCUUGAGCUUCUUUCAGGAAGAAAGCCAAUAGAUAGCAGCAAUCCAAAGGGCAAGGAGAGCCUCGUCAUUUGGGCAAACUCAAAAUUAAAAGACGAGAAGAUGUCUCCGUUGCUAGAUUCUAGAUUAGGUAGCGAUUAUGACCAUGAGCAGAUUGAAAGAAUGGUCUUGGCUGCUACUCUUUGCAUAAGACGUGAACCUCAAACACGACCCCGUAUAGGCAAUGUUUUGAAGUUGCUCCAAGGUGAUACUGAAGUAAUAAACUGGGCAAAGCAACAAGUGAGUAAUUACCCUGAAGAAUUUGAGGUUUUGGAUGGUGAGACACCGCGUUCUGAUAUCCAAUCCCAUCUGAAUGUGGCUUUACUUGAUAUAAUCGAGGAUGAUGCUGCCUCUGUUAGUAGUACUGAGCCAAACAUAUCCCUGGAGGAUUACCUGAAAGGGAGAUGGAGCCGCACUUCAAGUUUUGAUUAACUUAUUAUAAUUUAUGUUAGAAUGUCGAUCUUGACAGGGCAGGAGGAACAAAUUUUCUGUUUCUGUUCAGUGUUAAUUCUCUCUGUGUAUAGCUGUCUUCUUUUUGUUCCCUUUGUGAUGUACUAGGCUUUGGACGAGAGGAUGUGUGCGCAAGUGAUUUUGCCCUCCUCCUGGUCUAGUUUCCAUCCCAAGUUCACAUUCGAAUGUUAAUUAAAGCAUCGAAUUUAACCCCCUGAAAAAAGAAAAAGACUAACUUAAUACAAGGUGCAUUUGUGUGCAUGCUUGUAUAGGAGCUGUAUAAAUCUUUGUAUCUAAUUGCUUGCUCCACCGGAUUAUCUGUGGUGAUUAUAAUCGUGACAUUAAACAGAUGAAUGCAUGAUUUCUUCUCUA